AAACGUCAGUUCAGGAGCUAAAUCGCUAUUCUUUGGCACCUAUAUAAAUGGACACAAAUAUUAAUAUGGGUCGCAACGCAUAUAAUAAUAUAUGAAUGUAUAUAAACUGAUAUUUGCAUUCAAUCGUUUCUAUUUUUACUGUAAUUUCUAAUCAGUUAAAGGGCCGAUCCCGAUAUUAUUUCGGAGAAUAAAACUGGAUACUUUUGUGUUAAAAUCCCUUAAAAUCCUCUACCUUAGGGCCGAGCAACUAACUCAAUAUAUUUGAUACGUUUUCAAACAACUUAAACCCGUCAGUCUUAAUCUGGAAGUGGGGACCGGUGCCCCAAGCUGUAUUCUGCGGUGUCUGGAUAAAACCAGACAUUUAUUUUAUAAGAAUAAUGUGUAGGUGAAAUUUACCUUUCGUUAUCAAGUACAGCACAUGGGUCAUUCACUGUAUAAACCUCUAAAGGAACAGGAAUCGAUUAUCAGGUCACCCAACGAAAGAAUUGACCCAAAAUCUUAAAAGGGUAAUACGUGUCCGGAUAAGCAGCUUUGACGUUCACGUCCAAAUGCCUCAAUAUUUCAAGCUGAAAUUUUGAGACAAGAACGUAAAAGAAGUGAAAGUCGUGCAGGUGAUAUUUAUACAUAUGAGGAGGCUAUAGUUCAGACAGGUUAUGGAAAGUUUCAAGUAUUAUUGGUGUUAUUAUGUGGUUGGGCUGUAUCUAGUGAUGCUGUAGAGGUCUUAUCUGUAUCAUUUCUACUACCAUCAGCAACAUGUGAUCUCAAUCUUACUUCAUCUGAUAAAGGAUGGCUGAAUGCUAUUGUAUUUGUGGGUAUGAUGGUAGGAGGGUAUUUUUGGGGUUCGUUAGCUGAUAAUUUAGGAAGAAGAUCUGUAUUAAUGUGGUCGUUGACUGUUAAUGGAUUAGGUGGUUUGUUAUCUAGUACAUCACAAGUCUUCUGGUUGUUUCUUAUAUUAAGAUUUAUCAGUGGUAUUGGUGUUGGUGGUAGUAUACCUGUUAUAUUUACUUAUUUUGUCGAGUUUCAACCUAAAAAUAAAAGAGGCUCUAUGAUAAGUCUGCUGGCUACAUUCUGGAUGGGUGGUAAUAUUCUAGCGGCAGGGUUAGCUUGGUUAGUUAUACCACAUGAAGGAUUAGGCUAUUUCUCUCCUACAUUUAAAUAUAACAGUUGGAGAAUAUUUAUUGCAUUAUGUACCAUACCUAGUCUGUCAUCAGCAGCUAUGUUUGUUCUCAUGCCAGAGAGUCCCAAAUUUCUUCUUCGGACAGGUAAAGAAUUAGAAGCUAUUAGAACUUUACAGAAAGUACAUCACACAAAUAAACACAAAGAACCAUUCAAAGUGCAAGCGCUAGUACUAUCAGAUAACGAGAAAGAUAAUAUUGAUAGUAUGGGUAUGUCAGAUAGACAUGAACAAAAUAAACACACUAAUAAUUCAAAGUGGUACCAAUGUAUAAAUAUAAAAUCUAUUAAACAGCUACUGGUAUCCACAAAAACUUUAUUUACUGGCAGUUUAGUUAAACCUACAAUUAUACUUUUAAUCAUAAAUUUUACUCUUUCGUUUGGAUAUUAUGGCUUAUUUAUGUGGUUUCCUGAGUUAUUUAACAGAAUAGAUAAAUAUGGUGGUACACCAUGUAACCCAGGCGUUAUCAAUACUACAGCAACAUAUAAUAAUAGUACCUCAGAUUGUGGAACACCUAAUGAUUGGGUAUUUUUUGAAGGCUUCAUGACUGCUUUAUCCAAUCUGCCUGCUAAUAUAUUUACUAUUAUAAUGAUGGAUAGACUGGGUAGAAAGACAUUAUUAGCUUCAAGUAUGGUCAUAUCUGGUAUAUGUGUAUUUUUUAUAUGGUUUGUUCAAACUAAAGUAGAGAAUUUAGUUAUGUCUUGUUUAUUUGGUAUGGUAUCAACAGUAGGCUGGAAUGCACUUGAUGUUCUUUCAGCUGAAGCUUUUCCAACAGAAGUUAGGUCAACAGCUAUGGGUAUUCAGCAAGCACUAGCACGUGUUGGAGCUAUUCUAGGAAAUAUUAUAUUUGGUGAACUAGUUGACGUUCAUUGUGCUAUACCAAUGUUAUUAGUGGCAGCCUUAUUAGCUUUUGGUGGACUGGUUUCAAUACGUUUACCUAAUACAACUAAUAAAGAUAUUCAUUGAGUUAACAUAUUUCAUAAUAAAUGUAUCAAUUUAACAUUCCAUAAUAACUGCCAUAGUUGAUUAAUUUUAAAACCCUGUAACAAAAUAAAUUAAGUUGAUGUUACUGGUAUUAUUAGGUUGUAGUGGAUGCAUGAUAUUUGAUUAGUGGAGAUUUGUAGUGCAUAUCUGGACCUGAAUAUGACAUUCAUGUUAAUCAGCUACAACCUCAGUACAUGUAUACUGCAGUAUCACCCCAACGAAUGAAAAGCUCAAAUUUACACUUUCAUAGAAACAAUAAUGGAUUUGUCACUGGUAUUAUUAGGACCGUUGCUAGAUUUUGUUUAUGGUAGGUGUGUGUAUGCAUGCAUGGCUGUUUUUGAAGCUAUAGGAGCUAAGAGAGAAAUGGAGUUUAACAUCCACUCGUCAUUUUGGAACUAACAUAUGGUUAAAUAUUUCAAUAAUUAAUUCGCUUGAGGGUAGGGGUCACUUGACAGUGACAGACCUUGUGAUUUACCCAAUACCACUUAAUACCAAUUAAAUACUACCAAAUACUACCUGCUUAUUGUGAAAAACUAACAUAAUAAUGUAAUUAUAUAAAAUAAAUUUGUGGAAAACAUGCAAAAAAAUUGUAUGACAAAUGUGAUUUUGAAUGCCUCGCUAUUCCAAUUAUCUCCCUUGAUCACCCAAUACUUAGAAAUAUUAAACCAUGUUAUCAAGAAUCAUCCAUUUCUGUAAAAUAAUGGGCCAAUAUUACAAAAAAUGAGGUAGAAGUACAAUUAUUUGGAUAACAAUAUGUUUGUUAGAGGAAAAUAAAUUAUUUAUUCACUGAUACUGUAAAAAAAAAUAUUUCAAAUGUUUACACUUUUUGUUGGAAUUAACUCAUUGAUAUUGCAGUAAUUGAAGAAUUCUGCCAGUUUGGGAUAAUAAAUAAGGUAGUAUGUGGUUGUUUUUUGUAGUAUUGGGUGAGCAUAUGGAGAUAUGAGGUAUGUGGUGGUAUUUAAUAGUAUUUAGUUAGUAUUCGGUGGUAUUGGGUAAAUCAGAAUGUCAAUAGUGAAUCCCUGGUAUAAGACAAAUACACUUUCAUUUAUGCACUUAUUGUCUUUGCCAGUGGAUGUACAAAUACAAUUUUAGAUUGUGCUCUACAGAUAAGGUUAUUUUAUUUAUUGAUAUUAAUUUCAAGAGCACAGGCAAUGUUCAGUUUUUUUUUUAUGAUCCUGAAUAUCAGUUUGACACUGUGUAACAGUUAGAGGUUGAACACAAUUAAUGGUUAUGUAGCUCCUGGUGUGUAGUCUUAGGUAGGAAUACUCUAAAAAGGUAACCUUACUUCAUAAUUUAGAUGUGGAUAAUCGUAUAUUCCCUGAAAGUGAGUUUUUAAUUGACUAAAUGAUAAUUAUUAGUACUUUUCACAUCUGACAGUAGUAAGAAUCUCCUCAAAAUAUUAUUUUUAGACCAGGAUGUAGGAGGGUAGGCUAUCAUUGGUCAAAUGGCUUUGAUCUUUUAAGUUAAAAUUCUAAAAUUGCCUAAUACAUGUACAUGUACUAAAUACUUUGUACAAUUUAAUUCUGAGCAAUUAAUAAAAUAUCACAUCUUAAAAUACAGAUGUGACCUCAUCCUUUGAUGUUGGUGUAUCAUUAUUUCAAAUAAUGGUAUGGGCAAUGUGCCAAGCGUAAAUAAUUUAUACUAGUUAAAAUUUCGGACCAGUGUGACAUAUUUCAUUGCAAAGCAUGUGGAGUGUCUGUAUUUUAAGUUGUUUAAUGGUCUCGACCUUAAGAUGUAGUGUAAUAUAUCCAAACAACACAAGUGACGUUUCAAUAUAUUACUCAAUGUCUCGCUCUCAACCAUUAAAGGCUCAAUACCACUCUUGUUGUAACUGAAUAAUAUGUCCCAAUCUUUAUUCUGGUCAAAAAAUUGUACUAUUUUAGAAUAUUUCAAUUAAUUGAUGAUACAAAUUUCAUCUUAACACACCUUAUUUAAAAAUUUUGAAAAAUUCAACAUAAUGGUUUGAAACGUGUAACGUAAACCUUUUCAAAUGAAACUUCGAUUUAAAAAUAUUUUCGAACCCUCUGGACAAGUAAAAUAGGAUGUAAUGGAUAAUUUACACAACAGGUAGGACACUUAAACAUCUAGUACUUAGAUAGAGAUAUUAUUUAUUUUCUGGAGCUUUCAAGCCAGCAAGAGUGUUAUUGCCCCUUUAAAUCACACAUAAUGCAAUGCAUUUGUAUACUUUAGGUUUUCAUUAAUGAUUUACUUUGAUUAUUUCAAACUAAAUUUGUAAUUAUUUCAUAAAAGAUAAAAGGUGCACAAAUUGUUUUAACAUAAUAUUUGUAUAAAUAAAUAUUACUUAUAUUUUU